UCGAGACUGAAAGCAAUGCCAGAGAUGCAUCCGUUAAUACAACGCGACAGCGCAGCUAGCAGAGCAGCAGCGGCAGCAGCAAGAGCAGCGGCGGCAAUCGGAACAGCAGCAACAGCAACAGCAACGAAAUUAACAACAACGAGUAGCAGUAAAUGUAACAACAAUAACAACAACAACAGCUUAACACUAACUAUAAUGCGCCCAGCAACAAAAACAAACUCCAAAUUUCACAAACGCCGACGAAAGCGACAGCGGAGUGAAGAGUGCAGCAACAACAGCAACAGCAGCAACAACAGCAACAGCAUUACAGCAACAGCAACAACAACAAUCCGUAGAAGAUGUAGCAUCCCAUAUCUAAGCAGAACUGGCGCCUAUCUGACGCUUCUACUGCUCACUACAACAUGUUCCUUGUGCGCUGUUACCGCCGCAUCAACAGCUUCCACCUCCGCCUCCACAGCCUCCGCGUCUAGUGCUGCCACCGGCGCUGCCGCUGCCGCUGCCGCACCCGCCUCUGCGACGAGCAGCAGCAGCAGCAUUGGCGGCUUCGUGCCGCCCAGUUCGCCUUGCGCGCCGCAGCAUUGGUGGGAUCAGGUGCAGGACAAGUGCAUGCCCUGCACCGUCUGCCAGGGCGAGAUGAUACCGCUGCGCCCCUGCCAGCUGCACAUCGACACCGUUUGCCGCUCCAUCUACGAGCUGAAGAUCGACUGGGUGGUGCUGGCCAAGACGGAGCCCAACUGGAAGGAGCGCCGAAAGUCAUCGGAAUAUGAGCACUUCGAUCAGCCGACGCCGCUGCAGCACUUGACCCACGAGCAGCUGCAGCAGCUGCACGAGGAGGCGGCCGCUGCACUGCCCCUCGACUGGCAGACGGGCGCCCUCUUCAUAGCGGUGCUCGCCUGCCUGCUCUUCUUCUCGGUCGCCGCCUGCAUACUCAUCCAUCACAUGCGCCAAUGGCGCCGCAUGGAGCGCCGACUGGACCAAG